UGCAGUUCCAUUCUCGCUCGUGUUCUCGCGCCAUUCGCUUGCCGAAAGAGAUUCGAGACGAACGUAGCUUCGUACAUUUUGUGUUGUUAUUUCGUAACCAGUGCUUCGUGACUUUCUUCUAUUACAAUGGCCAACCUGAGCUUAUUUGUGCCCGUUUUGUUACUGGCUUUAUUCAUCAAAGAAGGUGAACCAGUGCGCUGUUGGACAUGCUCAUCGGACCUGAACCCGCUGUGCAACGACCCCUUCCUUGCUGGACGUUCCGACAACUCGUACCUCUUCCGAUUGGAGAACUGUGACGCGAAUACAGGAGCUACUUACCCUUACCUGACGUCUUCCAAGUCCGCUUGCAAGAAGCAGAGGAAAUACAUCAACGGCCAGAUGGUGAUUAGCCGCGGAUGCACAUGGAAGCGUCAAGACGACUACAGUACUACAUGCCCAAGCUCCUCAAACGGGCCCAAUGAAGUCACCUCCUUCUGUGAAACCUGUGAAUACGACGGAUGCAACGGAGCAGCCACCAUCACCAAAACCAUCGCUCUAUUAGCUGCACCAUUGACCCUCCUCCUCUUCAAGUAACCAAGUUUGAAAACCACACUAAAUAUAGUACAAAUAUAAAAUAGAUAUUUUUAUUGUCGACCGUGGGACCAUGAUGUCAAACCCAAGAGUACCCACCGCAGUUCUUGUUUUCACAUCGAAAUGUUGUAUAAAUUGUGUUUUAAUAAUAUUAUUUCCGAUUCUUUUAAGCAAUAAUGUGAAAUAGCUUUAAUGUUACUUAGUAUUGACAAUUUCUUAUUAAUAGAUAUAACUAAUUGUGUUAUUCCAGCCAGCUUUUUGUCUUUAUUGUCGAGUACUAGUAUGUAGGUACCUUUUUUUCUAUUCUGUUUUACAAAAACUAUAAUUUGAAUAAGGCGGUCUUAACUAAUUUGUAGUUUGCUUUACCUUUUCACUUUUCUGGCUCUAAAAACUAUGAAAAUAGUUGUUCUCGUUUUAUCGUCAAUGUUUCUCCCUUCUAUUUUACCUAUAAAGCUGAAACUUAUUAUGUAAGUUAUAUUCUCUCUCACACACUGAUAUUAAUAUAUUCUAGAUUGUUCUCACUUACUGGUUAAGGAGAUAUUUUAACUGUAAAUAUUCUAAAUACAAUGUCUACAUUAUUUUAAGUUAAUAAUAAGUAAAAGCAUGUACUAACACAAUUUGCUGAUUUAUCAAGCAGUUUAAUGUUCGCACUUAUGCUUAGAAGUGCCUUAUUUGUGCAAAAUGACAUAAAAAAGUUAUUAAUAAGCGUGUAAAAUUGACAGCAUUGAUUCUCAAAAAAUAUAGAAAACACCGCGUAAAUAAAUUCUGAUGUUGUUUAAUUAAUAAAUUUUAUCAUAAAUAUU